AGGACCACGCACAACGGUCUGCUAGUAGUCAGUGAGUCAGUCAGUCACUGAGGCAGUAGAUUAAAGAGCAGCCGAGUGUAAAACGAGGCUGAGCAAAGGAGAAAACACCUCCUGUUUACUUCUUUUUCAAGUUUUUCUUUGAGGCGGUUUAGGGAGUUUGACAGGGAGUUCCAGAGCAAGAGAUAAAAGAGGAGAGGGCAAAGGAAAGCAGAGAAGACCGGCUCUUCUCUUUUACUCGAUAACCAUGCUACUCCUGGACGAAUCAGAGUCAUUCGCAGACCAGUCCCACAGUGCCCCCUUCAGCUCCGAGAAUGAGGCUCAGGGAGGCGACUCGGCCGCUUGGCAGUGUACCCCGCCCCCAUCUACCUCACCUUCAGGGGAGACACCAGCCCACCCUCCUCCCUCCCAGCCCGUGUCCAGACCCCGCUCCAGGCCGGCCAGCCAAAGCCCCUCCCCUCCCUCCGCCCUGACAGGAACCAAGAAGAGGAGCUCCAAGCCGGCGCACAUGAGACGCAACAUCAGGAAGUUACUGAGGGAGCAUCAGUUAGAGGCUGUGACCAAAGCCGCCCAGCAGGAUGAGUUGGAGAGGAGGCGACGUCUGGAGCAGCAGAGCAAACAGGAUUUCCCCGUCCCACUGCUGCCUGAAUACACAACUGGUGACGUGACAAAGCAUGUGUCGUCAUCGUCUGCAUCAACUGUGUCGCAGCAAGAAGUCAAGUCGGUCAGACAGGAAGUGAUCUGCCUGGACUCCAGCAGCACUGGCAUCAGCGAGGACGAAGGCAAGACUGACGUGCCCGCCUCCGCCAACACAGAGCACACACACAAGACAGAUGUGAUUGAUCUGAGCUCAGGCGAGGACGACACUGUCGUCCGCAUCAGCAGCGAAUCUGUCGUUGAGGAAGAAGAGAGCGAGCUGAGCGGUGCACACGCUAACGAUGCCUUCAACCAGCCGGACACUCAAGGCAGGGUGCUGGUCAACAUAAACCAUCCAACCACAGAGAAAGACAUCUUCCUGUCACCUCAGCUGGCACGAGCAGUCAAACCUCACCAGAUCGGUGGAAUUCGUUUCCUGUAUGACAACCUGGUGGAGUCGGUGGAGCGGUUCAGCAGCAGCAGCGGAUUCGGCUGCAUCCUCGCUCACAGCAUGGGCCUGGGCAAAACACUGCAGGUCAUCUCCUUCAUCGACGUCCUCUUCAGACACACGCAGGCUCACACCGUGCUCGCCAUCGUACCUGUGAAUACGCUGCAGAACUGGCUGUCAGAGUUCAACAUGUGGGUCCCGCCCCCGGAGGCGGUACCUCCAGAUACUGACUCGGGACUGGUGACGCCUCGUGCCUUUAAGGUUCACAUCCUCAACGAUGAACACAAGAACACAACGACCAGGGCCAAGGUGGUGGAGGACUGGUCGCGGGAAGGAGGUGUGCUGCUGAUGGGCUAUGAGAUGUACCGCCUCUUGUCUCUGAAAAAGAGCUUUGUUGCUGGGAGAAAGAAGAAGAGCAAGAAAACCACGGGACCCGUAGUCAUCGACCUAGAUGAAGAAGACAGGCAGCAGGAACUGCUCAAAGGUAUUGAGAGAGCCUUGGCCCGGCCCGGUCCAGACGUGGUGAUCUGUGACGAAGGCCAUCGCAUCAAGAACUGCCAUGCCAGCACGUCGCAGACUCUGAAAAACAUCCGAACCAGACGCCGCGUGGUCCUGACUGGCUAUCCACUCCAGAACAACCUGAUCGAGUACUGGUGCAUGGUCGACUUUGUCCGACCUGACUUCCUAGGUACGCGGCAGGAGUUCAGUAACAUGUUUGAGCGUCCCAUUCUGAACGGGCAGUGUGUGGACAGCACACCUCAGGACGUCCAGCUGAUGAGGUACAGGAGCCAUGUGCUACACAGCCUGCUGGAGGGUUUCGUACAGAGACGAGGUCAUGACGUCCUUAAGGACCAGCUGCCCUCGAAAGAGGAACAUGUGAUCCUGGUGCGGCUGUCUCCAUUGCAGAGGGCGCUGUACACGGAGUUCAUGAACCGCUUCAGAGAGGCAGGAAACACCGGCUGGCUCAGCCUCAACCCACUGAAGGCUUUUUGUGUCUGCUGCAAGAUUUGGAACCAUCCAGACGUGCUGUACGAGGCCUUACAGAAGGAAAACAUGGCCAGUGACCAGGACUUAGACCUUGAUGACAUCACCUCCACAGGCCCCGCCCGAUGUCCAACUGCACCCAAUCAAAAGUCCAAGCCCCUGGAGAACCCUAACCCCAUCGGUGGACUGAGUCUUAACCAGCUACAGGAGAAAGCCAAUCAGGUCAUCACUUACGAAUGGGCAAAGGACAUUAUGUAUGACUACAAGCCCGGCAUCCUGGAGAACUCUGCAAAAAUGGUGCUACUGUUCCAUCUGAUAGAGGAGAGCGUCAGGAAGGGAGACAAAAUCCUCGUCUUCAGUCAGAGUCUGUCCACACUGACUGUGAUUGAGGACUUUCUGGCUAAGAGACCAGUGCCGCCAUCGCCCAACACGUCCAGCAGAGACAGACCCAAACAGAACUGGGUUCGCAACCUCAACUACUACAGGUUGGAUGGAAGUACCACGGCCUCAGAGAGAGAGAGACUGAUAAACCAGUUCAACGAUCCCAUGAACACCUCAGCGUGGGUCUUCCUGCUGUCAACCAGGGCUGGUUGUCUGGGCGUAAACUUGAUUGGGGCAAACCGUGUGGUCGUGUUUGACGCCUCCUGGAACCCUUGUCAUGACGCCCAGGCUGUGUGCCGCGUCUACCGCUACGGUCAAAGGAAGCCGUGUCAUAUCUACCGGCUGGUGUGCGACUUUACGUUGGAGAAGAAGAUCUAUGACCGACAGAUCUCCAAACAGGGCAUGUCAGACCGGGUGGUGGAUGACCUGAACCCUGUGCUGACCUUCACCAAGAGGGAAGUGGAGUCUCUUCUUCACUUUGUGGAGGAGGAACCGGACCCCUCUCAGGUCCAUCUGCAGCCCCAGGACAGCAUGGAGAGCGUCCUUCGAAAGGCUCUUCACCUCUAUCCUCUCCAGAUUACUAAGCAACCAUUCCCCCACGAGUCCCUGCUGAUGGAUCGCAGGGAGCUGAAGCUGAGCAAGGCUGAGAAGAAAGCAGCAAAGAAAGGUUACGAGGAAGAGAAGAGGGCAUCUGUGCCAUACACCCGCCCUUCCUACGCGCACUACUACCCUGCCAGUGACCAGAGCCUCACUAACAUCCCUGCCUUCAGUCAGAGAAACUGGCGCCCUCCUCCUCGCACUGAAGAGAAGCCAGUGGCCAGUAUCCGGCCAGUCCAGUCAACUCCAGUUCCCAUGAUGCCCCGACAGGCGUCUGCAGGCUCGGCUCCAGGCAACGACUCAUCAGGUUCCAGCCUCGGAGGUUUUCCUGUCAACUGCCUGCAAAAAGCUGGUGUGUUUGUACAGAGGAUCGUCACCACUACUGACAUAGUGAUUCCAGGCACCAACAGCUCGAUAGAUGUCCAGGCCAGGAUCACUGCGGGAGAGAGCAUCCACAUCAUCAGAGGCACCAAAGGGACUUACAUCAGGUCGUCUGAUGGUCGAAUCUUUGCCAUCAGAGCAGCUAAUAGGGCCAAGACUGCAGAGGAGAGCACUACAGCGCCACCCAAAGACUCCCAGGCCCUAUCGGACGAAGUGUCAACCAAUGGCAGCAACGGCUGCCUGUCACCUGACAGGAAGCAACAGGUACCCUCCAAGCCUGUGCCCCGCCCCCUUUCACCCGACAGUCCGGAGAUCAUCAGCGAGUUGCAGCGCUACACGAGUGGCUCAGGAGCUGGCACCACCGCAGGUGCCGGAGCUCAGCCAGAGAGCAACAUGAACAAGCUGCCGAACACCAAACCGGCUCAGACCAAUGGGAGCAGUUUUACUGGUGGAAAUCUGAGCCACCAUGAUGCCUCCGUGACUAACGUAAUCCAGCCCAACAUGGACGCCACUGCAGCCCAAGACCUGAGAACAGGCUCCAAGCGCAAAGCCUCCACCCCGUCCAUGGACGAGCGACCCAGUAAGCAGCCGUCUGCAGACAAACACUCCUCAGCCCCUCUGGCUACAAAAGGCUUCCCAUUCUCCGGGGGCUACGGCCUCCCCCCACUGGGCCUCAACCCCGCCAUGUUGGGUGGGUCACUGGGGCACCCGCUCUUCAUGGGCGCAGGCUUGCCUUACUUCCAGCCCCCACACACUCAACUGGGGGACCCCAGUUACAUGUACCCAGAUCUGUUCGGCUUAAGUGGAUCCAGCGCAGUCCCCACCUCUUCCUCCUCCUCCUGCUCGACGACAACCACCGCGACUGCCGUCUCAUCGUCGUCAUCAUCUUCAUCAUCUUCUGCAUCAGUCAAAGCUGCCAGUUCAGUUCCAGGGGCCCUGCCGCCAUUCAUGCUGAGCCCCAGCAUGGUGGGCAUGGCCGGGAUGCUCCCACCUGGCUUCCCUCUCUCUUACAGUCAGUCUCUGGCAAGCCUCUACACAGGGUCGAUGCUCCCGGGCGGACUGCCAGGGCCAGCCGCCACUCCUGGACCAGCUGGAGCCAGCUUUCUCUCCCAGUACCCUCCCACUGCUGCCUCCAGUUCUUCCUCAUCCUCUCCCUCCUCUUUUUCCCCCUCAGCGCGAUCUGAAGGCCACCGGGGCCCGGUGCUGAUGAACGGCGGGAAUGUCAGCAGCGCCAGCAGCUCGGAUGAUGACGAUGAUGUAAUUGAGGUGAGGGGACAGUGACAGACGAAUGAUGUUUGAGCAAGCUUGAUUCAAUUUAAAAAUCAUCAAAAUAGGAUGACAUCCUGUUCGCCUGGAGGCAGGCUGCAAAGGGCCCGUGCCCGAGGCCGUGAGGGAAAUGGACAAAAAAAUGAAAGACAAAUGAUGUUUUGACAACUGAGCCCCUGCUAAAGUGUUUCCUCUGUUCGUCUCUGCCUUGGAGAAACAGUCUGAACGGGGAUUAACCGCAGACUGAACACAGAGUGACAAAUCUCAAUGCUGAGUAUCAGAAGAUGAAACCAGAGGAAGAAAAAAAAGCUCCAAAGCAAAGAAGAGAAUGAAAAUCAGAGGACUUUGGGCUUCCAAGUUUUUGUCCAAUACUGGCAUUGAAACACUAAUCACUGGACGUAGAACUGCUGCGCGUGGGCCUGCGGUGACCACAAACGGCCACUAGUUGUAGUGUUGACUUUAGAGAUUCUAGUUCUGCAGCUUUGCUAAAUGUCAAGACUCUUUUGCUUUUUUCAGCUAAAUAAAAAGAUGACAGUAGGGUGGAGUUGCUUAUGAAAAAAAAGGUUUGAUUAUUAAGUUACCUGGUAGCUUGUUAAAUAUCAGUAACUGAAAUGGUAUUGUUUGUCAGUUGUCGAAUAUUGCUACUGAAUAUUUCUUCAAAUGGUAAAAAAGAUCAUCAGAACUUUUAAAAAAGCAUUUUGAUUGAACUUAAUAAUUCACUGCCAGGACAGGGGUAUUGUAUGUUUUUGCUCUCGAAGAAAAAAAUAAAGAAGCGGGAUCAUCUUGAAGUAUCAAAGAGGCGGUUGAGGCUUGGCAAAGAUGAGGUUUAAAGACAAUUACUGAAACCUUAAAACUAAUGAAAGAAUGUAUGCUUAAUCAAAUGCCUUUAAACCAGGCCUUUUUUAAUGGAGUCCUUCUGUUUAGGCAUCAGACGUGGGAAUAUCUGAUUUUUCUUUUUUUGUGCAUUUUAUAUUUAUGUACUCUCUUUUAUUUUUUAAAAAGAAAAAUCAUUGCCUAAAAACAGCCAGGUGAAAAUGAGAAGAAAAAACUGUGUUCUUGUGAGGUGUCCUCCUCGUAGCGGAGAAACAACCAACAGAAAAUGCCUUUUUGCCUCCAUCUUUCUGAAUGUUAACUGUGAGAGAGGAGAAACAACGAGAGACGGGAGGUCACUGCGGCUCUCUGAAUCUCACCCACAGUCUUACUGUAGCCUAGAGAAAAGCGAUGCAAAGCACUCACUCAAGCCUAUAUAUGUAUUCGUACGACCCCGGAGGAAUUAAUCUCGCAAACCCCAGAGUUUUGGUUACGCUUGUGUCGGUUACUGUGUUCGUAUCUGUGUGUCGUGUUUUUAAGGUUUAAAAAAGGAAUCGUUUAAAAGAAAAAAAAAAGAAAAAAAAGGAAAAAUAGAAACUCGCAUUACUCGGUUUUCUGACGACGGCACGGAUUCCACCUCUUCUCUGCUGUUUUUUUUUGUUAUUCCCCUCUCUGUCUCAUCUCACCCUGUGAAGAGAGAAUAUUGUGAAACCAAACUUUUUUUUUUAAGAGAUGGUGUAGCUUUGCCAAAAAACAAAAACUGCACAAGCACAUCAGAGACCUCCAUCGAAGAGAAUUGUGUCUUAAGAGACCAAAUAAUGUUGUCACCAAUGUAGAGCAGAAUUCAAAAGUCCACCACGGCGGCACGCUCUCUCUAUAGCAUCCACACAGCCACAGUCGAGAAGUACAUAUCCAUCUCUCCGUAUGACCUUGCAGGUAACACUGUACACUGUACUGCACUGUAAAAGAGACACAAAUCUGUAUAGACCGGUUGAAAGCUGAGAAAGCUUCAUCAUGUGACCAAGUUCCCUUUAGAUCACCCAUCAGUUCUGCUGUUCCAAUCAAUCCCCUCUGAUCACACAAACUGAUCUACUUUGGCCUGCACUGUCCAUGUGUGGAAGAUCUUCUCCUCCAAAAAUGACUGCAGCGAGAGCUUUAAAACCCACCAGCUCUUUUGUCAAAAAACCGAAACAUCGUCAAGUUAAGACUGAGCAUUUCCUGUUCCUUUUUGUUCCAUGUAUUUUUUCUUCAUACUGAAAUUGUUAGUUUACUUAUGUUUCAUUUUUGUUCUCCUCUUUAUACAAUGUUUGAAAUUACCAAAUUUAAUUUAUUUAUGACGGUGCAUAUUUAUUCAUUUUUAUUUUUGUACAAUUUUUUUCUGGGUUUCCUUAUGUUGCUUUUUUUUGUUUUGUUUGUAAAAUGUAUAUGGUCAUACUGUUGUUACUACAGAUGGAAAAAGACGCUUUGUUUUCUUGUGUUUGGUGAUUUUUUUUUUUUUUAAUGAUGAUCUGCGAGUCUGACCCAGCUCAUGUGAACUUGUGCAGAACUUGCAUGUGGACCAACCGAUUAGUGCGUUACUGUGCACAUUAAGGGUAGCAUUUUUAAGAGCGACAAAUUAUCAUAUCCCAUUUGCGAUAACUCUGUUCAGCUCUUGAUUAUGAGAAAUCCCAAAAAAAGGGGCAUCAGGGAUACACUGAUGUUUAUCAUGAUACUGAGCUGUGCUAAAACUUCUUUAUCAGCCAUAUGAUAUCCUGCCUGUUCACACGUUUCUUCACAAUUGGGAAACAAAUCUUAAGUAUUUAAUAAUAUGAGCCAUUUGUGUGCAUGUAAGCUCAUUCACGAGUUCAUGGGUCAGAAAGUGAAGCAGUCCAGCCACUCAUCCUCUGAACAGAAAGAAAAUAUAAUAAUAUCAAGUGCUUUUCUUUCCUUUUCUGUUUCUGUGGUUGAUUACCAUAUCAUCAGAAGUGUCCAUCUGUGUCAUCCCCACGAUGGCAAAACAAGCGAGUUUCCUCUGUGUUGAACUGUUUGGUUGUCAGCUGUACGCUCGCCGCACUGACUGACUGCUCUUUUAUUUCGCAGCUUUCUACUUGAAUUUACAUAUUUAUUUAUACAAAUCGAUUCGGUCGGACGAGCCGAGCCGACUUUCUCAUUUCCAUUUUAGCCGAGGAGAAGAUUAAAGCUGCUGUCUUUGAGGAUUGGCUCGAGUCAAAGCCUGUUGUGUAGUUUAUCGAUGAAUAAUGUGUAUGACCUUGGAUUACUUUUAGAUCCUUUUUGGUUUUUUUUGUUUUUUUGCUUUUGGAAGUUUGUAAAUAAAAAGAAACAUGUUCU